AUGACCUUUGUCGCUCCACCUGGUUACCAGCCUGUCUACGGCCCUACCAUCCCGUAUUUGGGACCCAUCUAUGGGGGUCUGAGGGAGGGAGCGUCCAUCUACAUCCAGGGAUCUGUUCCUGACCACAUCACCAGGUUCUUCAUCAACCUGCUGUGUGGACAGUCUGAUUCCAGCGACAUCGCCCUCCACUUCAACCCCCGUUUCGACGGCAGGGACAGGGUGGUCUUCAACACUCGCCAGAAUGCGGCCUGGGAUCCGGAGGAGAAAGUCCACCACAUGCCCUUCAGCAAGGGCAAGGCCUUUGAAAUGGUCAUCGUGUGCUCCUCGCAGGGCUACCAGUGUAAGGUCAACGGGAAAGACUUCCACACCUUCAACCACCGCCUGCCUUUGGCCAGAGUGUGUGGCUUGCAGAUUGGAGGAGACGUUUCCGUACAGACCAUCAACGUCAUCGGGGGCGGAGGCAUGGGCGGAGGCAUGGGCGGAGGCAUGGGCGGAGGCAUGGGCGGAGGCAUGGGCGGAGGCAUGGGCGGAGGCAUGGGCGUAAGCAUGUUCCCUUCCCAGCAGGGAUGCUACCCAGGAGGAGGCUCGGGGCAUGGGGGAUAUCCAGGAGGCAUGGGAGGAGGCAUGGGAGGAGGCAUGGGAGGAGGCAUGGGAGGAGGCAUGGGAGGAGGCAUGGGAGGAGGCAUGGGGGGAGGAUUCCCGGGAUCAAACCUGCCGAGUAUGGGAGGGCAGCCUGUCUAUAACCCUCCCAUCCCUUACUCCAGCAUGAUCCCAGGAGGAAUGUUCUCCAAGAGGACCAUCAUCAUCAGAGGCAUGGUGCCCUACCAAGCUAACAGGAUCAGCAUCAACUUCAUGGCCAGCCGCUCCCGAGACAUCGCCUUCCACAUGAACCCCCGCGUGAGGGACGGUGUGGUGGUGAGGAACAGCAUGAUCGGCGGCCGCUGGGGCCAAGAGGAGCGCCAGCUCAGCGUCAGCCCCUUCAAGGAGGGACAGUACUUUGAUAUGUCCAUCCGCUGCGGGAGCGACUGCUUCAAGGUCUUUGUCAACGGGCAGCCGCUGUUCGAUUUCGCGCAUCGCGUGCAGGCCGUUAAUGAGAUCGACAUGCUGGAGGUGGACGGCGACGUGCAGAUCUCUUACAUCCACUUUUGAAGCAACCGGUUUGCAUGCAUCACAUCGACACACACACACACAGUCUCCAUGGAAACACCAUUUUUUGUACAAAAUGCAGGAGAUAACUUUAUAA